AUGGGUCUGGAUAUAAACGAUGCCGAGACUUUACGCAAAGAUGAAUUGGAAUUACCAACUGUGACUGAAGUUUCACGGGACUUGUUUGCCGAGGAGACUGAAGGUAUUCAGGAUGUAAAGCUUAAUCGAGAUAGCACAAUAGUCCCCUUCGAUGUUGAUCAUUUCCUUAUAAAGAAUAAUUUCCAAUAUAUUUCAUUGGACAUGCUGACAAGGCAGCUGAAGGACCUGUCUGACGAAAUGAUGACUGUUUUACUAGACCGUGUCGCUGCGAAUUAUGACUCCUAUCUCAAUUUUUGCAAAGUAUACCAAGGCGGAAAUAACAAUGACACAUUGUUUGAGCUACAAAAGAUUCUUCCCGACCUGGAUAGUUUUAUGAACCAGCUAAGGAUUCUAACUGAGAAAGAGAUGCCGAGAACCCAAGAGACUGUACAAGAUACUCUCGAUUACCUCGAGAAACUUGAGGAAAUAAAAGCGUUGCUUAAUAAUCACAUAACAAUUUCCGAGGAUAUGACCGUUCUAAAACAACUAAGUAAAUCUCUUCAUACAUUAUGUGACACAGAACCACUAGAGGAAGAGUUAUGCAUUGCGGUAACGCAAAAACUAUUUAGAUUGUUCCAGAAGAUUCACACAUUGCUAGAGACACUUUCAGAACUAGACUCACAGUCUCUCCAUCACAUAAGGAACGACUUCCUAGGCAUAUCACAAGAGUUUCAAAUAUCCUUGAAACUGUUAACGGAUAUCACAUUGCAACACACUACGGAUUACCCUAAACUGGCGUCAUUAUUGACUGACAUAUUUCACCAAAUAAAGAUAUAA